AAUUUUAAAGUAUUCACAUAUUUCCUUCUUUUGGGGAAGUCUUCUUUGUACUUCUGCGUUUCUAGUUCUCUGCAAAACCCUAAACCGCUGAAAUGGCAGAAAAAGGAACAAGUAGAGAUCUUUUGCACUUAGAGCGCAAGGAUUCCAUCUCUUCAGCCAUGGAAGCUGCCCUUCUCGUUUGCAACAAGAAAGCGUCAAAGAAACCAAACCCAAAUGAAAAACCCUUAUUUAAUGCACUUCCUCAAAGCCAGGUUUUAGGACAAGUGAAGGAUUUCUUGGGAGUGAUAUCGGAAGCUAAUAGAAGGCUCCAGCUUGAUGCAAAGGACAAUGCUCAAGAUUAUGAUAUUGAAGUGCUCACUGGAAAUGAAUCAGAAGUUAUUGAAAUGGAUUUAAUGCUAGGCGUAGCUGAUCUUCAUACACCUGGGGCUGUAAGUGCUGCUGAAUCAGCAAUUGCUGGUAAUCAGCCAAUAAUUUCUUUAGCUGCCAGCAGUAGUGGAACAAACUCUGAAGAUAGCAGUGAAGAUGAUGAUGACAAUGACAACAGUGAUGAAGAUGAUGAAGGUGAUGAAAGUAGUGACAGUGACGAUGACAAUGCCAAUAAAGACAAGAACAUAUGUUUUCCAUUGAACAUCAAAAGAUUCAAGAAAAUGAAAGAUGAAAGGGUAGCUUCUGGAUAUAAGAAAUCACAAAAGAGGCCAAAGAUUGUUGAGCUCCCAUGAGAACCUCUUUCUAAAGUUGUCUAGUAAAUCAGGUUGAGUGAAUUAUUUGCCAGAAAUCCCUCUGCAGGAGUCGCCACCUCUUCCUGCAGUUGUGGUAUGAAGCUAUUCUACUUUAUGCUGGAGAUCUCAUUAAUGAUUGAGGAAUAUGUGCAGGUGGUUUAAGUUAUGUGGUUGAUAUAUUUUUUUUGUAUAUCUUCUUCAAUAUCUUGACGCAAGCUUUCAGUUAAAAAAAGGUGACAUUUGCUUAGUGAAUAAUGUUGUCUAUGUUCUGAGGUUA